GAAGCGGGCAGCUGUGUGCCUGGGCUCAGGUCUCAGCACAGCAGGACAGGCCCCAAGCAGGUGUGAGACAGGGGCAAGGUAAGGGCCUGCACACAGUCCUGGCUGACCAGGCAGGCCAGGAGGAGACUUGCAGGGGAGCUGAGUCCACACUUCCACCGAGGCCCUGUGCUCCAGCCAGCCAUGAGCUCUGACUGCAGUGAGUCAGGUGACCAGGACUUCUCCGAGCAGCCCCCCAUGGGGCUGGCUGCCGCAGUACAGAGGUUGGAGGACACCAUCCUGAGCCCCACAGCCAGCAGGGAAGACCGGGCCCUGACCAUGCGUGGGGAAGGGCAGCAGGCCUUGCCCAUCCCUGUGCCUGCCCGCAUCCGUGAGAUCGUGACUGGCAGCCUGGGUGGAGAGCCACCACAAGGGCUGCAGGAGCUGCCUGCUGCUGUGGCCCGCAUGCAGGAGGAGAGCAACUUGCUGCAGGAAGAGCUGGCCCGGCUGGAGGGCCUGUUGACCCAGGCAGACACAGAGCGGGACGAGCUGGCCAGCAGGUGCCACAUGGCCAGCAAGCAGCUGCAGGCCCAGCUGAAGACCACCGAAGCACGGCUGCGGAGGUCAGAGCUGGAGCACAGUUUGGACUUGGAGGAGGCCCUAGGCCGCCUGGAGGCUUCAGAACAGAGGAGCGCUGGCCUUGCCCAGGUGAAUGGUCUGCUGCGAGGACAGCUGGAACACAUGCAGAAGGCCAACGAGAGGCUGGCUCAGGAGCUGGCCAGGGCGUCAGGCAGUGUGGUCCACCUGCAGCGGCAACUGGAGCUGAAGGGAGCCUGGCGCUGGGCAGAGACACAGGCCUGGCCGCUGCGCCCUAGGGAGCCCCAGGACUUGCUCCUUCUGUGGAAACAGGCUGUGGCACUGCGGACACAGCUGGCAGAGCUGCGGGCAGCCACGGAGAGAGGCAUUGCAGACAUGCAAGCAGACACAGCCAGAACAGCACGGCACCUGCACGUGGCCUGCCUGAACCUCGAUUCCAACCUGCGGCUGGCAACCAACAGUACAGCCAGUGCCCUGGAGCGGCAGCUGGGUGAGCAGGUCCGAGAGGUGCUGCAGCUACAGGGCCACUGGGACACAGAGAAGGCAGCGCUCCAGGCCAGGCUCUCUGAGCAGACCCUGCUGGUAGAGGAGCUCACGGUGCAGAGUGAGCGGAGGGAGAAGAUAAUCGCAUCCCUUGAGCUGGAUGUCCAGAGAUUGGAAUCUGGGCAGCACAGUGGGAGCCGCCUAGUGGAGAACAUCCUGCAGGCAGAGGUUGAGUUCCUGCGGAGUGUCCUGGCCAGCAUCGAGGAGGUGGCCCAGUCAGACGCUGGGAGCCCGGAGUGGCUGAGGCGCAGCAGCACUGAAGGUGAGGAGGUGCGGGGCCAACAAAGAAGCCCCCACCACGGCCUGUCCCCACCGCGGGCCUGCACCCCAGCCGACCUGGACCCUGCACUGCAGGCCGUGCAGGCAUUCAUGGAGAGGCGGCAGCAGCGAGAGCAGGAGCUGGUCCUGCAGCUGGCAUCCUCACGGGCGGUGGCUGCUGGGCUCCGCGAGCAGCUGUCAACAUGCGGGCAGGAGCUGCGGGCCUCACAGAGGCUCCUACGGGACAGGGCCCAGGAGUGCGAGAACCUCCUGGGCCAGCUGGAGGUGCAGAGGCACGAAGCUCGGUGCUGCCAGACAUCUGUUGAGCUUCUGGGAAGGGAGAAGGUGGCCUUGGAGAGGGAGGUGGAGGAGCUGAGAGGGGCGGCAGACAUCAGGGAUGCAGAAAGGCAGAGGCUGGUGGCAGCCAACGCAGCACUGCACAAGAGCCUGCGGCUGCAAGCUGGGCAGAGCCAGGGACGCCUGCAGCAGCUUGAGGAGAAGGUCUCCAGGCUCAGAAAGGAGCUAGCGUCGGCCCGGGAGGCGCUGAGCACAGCGCGCUUGCAGAGGGACUCGGCAGAGAGUGAGCGGGAGGGCCUGCGUGGUGCCUUGGCCCGGGCUGAGUCCAGCAGUGCUGACCUGGAGCUGCAGGUGAUGCGGCUGAAGUCAGAAGGGGUGGAGCAGCGGGACUCACUGGCCACAAUGGCCACCCUGAUGGAAGGGCUGGCCCAAGACAAAGGCUCCCUGAACCACCUGGUGCUCCAGCUAGAGCAGGAGCGAGACCAGCUGCAGGAGCAGAGGAUGGCACUGGAGCGGGAACAGGUGGGCGCUGGGCAGGUGCUGGCCCAGGUGGAGCAGCAGCUGGAGCAAGUGUGGGCUGAGCAGAGAGGCCUGCAGGAAGCCUGUGGGCGCCUGGAGAAGCAGCAGGAGCAGCUGGAGGCACAGGUGGACCAGCUCGGGCGUGAGAGGGCCCAGCUCCGGGAGCUGGUGGGCCAGCUCACAGGCAAGAAGCAGGCCCUGGAGGAGCAGCUGGCACAGAGUCUACAGGACCAGGAGACCCAGGUGGAUGCUCUACAGCGAGCCCUGAAGGCGAAGGAUGCUUUGUCUGAGGAGCGGACCCGGUUGCUGACCAAACUGGAGGCCCUGGAAAGGCAGGGCCAGCUCACGGCAGAGGAGGCAGCUGAUCUCAGGGCCCAGAGAGACUCCCUGGAGAGUGGCCUCUUUGAAGCCCAACAACUGGUGGCACAGCUGAGGGCUGAGCAGAAGCAGCUGGACGAGGCAGCCCAGAACACCCACUUGGCCCACCAGGCCCUACAAGUGGAGGUGGAACAGCUGAAAAGUGACUGGGAGGCACAGGAAACAAGGCUGUGGUGGGACGUCAGGCGGCUGCAGCGGCAGGUGGCUCAGCAGGAGCGGGACAUGCAGCAGGCCUUGGAGAGCCAGGCGAUGACCCACCAGGAGGACCUAGCUCAGCUCCAGAGGGAGAAGGAGACCCUCAGUCUGAGCCUGGCAGAGGAGCAGGAGAUGGCUGCACAUCAGCGGGAACAGGAGAAGGAGCUAGUGGCAAAAUGCACAGCCGAGAGGGAGGUUCUGGAGGAGGAAAUUCAGAGCCUGAAGCAGGAGCGGGAUGAGUGCCUCCGCCAGCUGGAGCACAAGAUGCAGCAGGCCCUGUGUGUGAAGGACACAGAGAGGAGCCAGCUGCAGGCAGAGCUUUCCAAGGCCACACAGGAGCUGGAGCAGGCGCAGCGGGGGGCCCAGGGCCAGCAGGCCCGCGCAGAGGCCACCAUCAGCACCCUGACUGAGGAGCUGAGGACCCUGCAGGCCCAGUUUGAAGGUGCCAUCUCUGCCCAUCAGCGAGAAGCCACAGCUCUGAGAGAGAGCCUCCAGGAAACGGAGGCCCAGAGGAGCAACCUGCAGAGAGAGGCCAAGAGGCUGCAGGCCCAGCUGAGUGGGGCCCAGGAGGUGCUUGCUGGGCUGUAUCAGGAGCUGCAGGGCAGUGAGGAGAGCUGCGAGGGGCUGCGCAGGGAGGCCCUGGAAGCCCGCCAGGCACUGGGCGCAGAGGCCCACGAGAAGGACAUGCUACAAUACUCCAACAGCAAGCUACGGGCUGCUCUCCACAGGGCUGAGAAGGACAAGGCCAGUUUAAAGCGGGCCAAGGAGGAGCAGGAGCGGAAGCUGCAGGCACUGGACAAGGUACGGGUGGCAGCCCAGAAGGAGGCCAGCGAGCUCCGGGCCAGGCUUCAGGCAUGGGCACAGGCACAGGGGGAGGUCCAUCGGGACCUGCAGGAGCACCGAAGCCAGGUGAGGACACUAGAGGCUGAGAGCCAAAGGCAGAGCAGGGAGGUGCGUACACUGCAGACCCAGUGCUCAUGGGAGACCCAGCGGUGGCAGCAGAGCCAACAGGAGGUGCUGCAGCUGCAGAGGCAGGUGGCAGAGACUGAGGCUGCCCACCAGAGUGCCCAAAAAGAGGUCCUGGGACUACAGCGGAAGCUGGCAGAGGCUGAAGCCACAGGCAAGGCCCAGGCAGAGCAGCUAGAGGGACUGCUGUCUGAGAGCCAAGAGGCCAGGCACACUCUGUGGGCCAAGCUCCGCAGUGUCACAAGGAAGCUGCAGCAGACCAGUGGCCAGGCUGACAGCCUCCAGGGCCGCCUGGACAGUGCCUGCAGCCACUUGUACAGCCUAGAGCGGGAGCUGGCCAGGACCAAGGUCGCCAAGAGGCAUGCAGAGGCCCAGCUGAGCCAGCUAUGUUCCAUGCUGCGCCGUGGCCUGGGGCUCCAGGGUCAGAGCCCAGCAGUUUCUCCACAGCCACCUGGCUUCCCAGAGAGAGGCUUCAACAGCUCUCAGGUCAGCCCAGAGCAGCAGGGAGCCAGCCUCCCUGCUGGGCCACACUUGCCCCUGCAGGGGCCAUCAUGUGUGCCUGGAGACCAUGACCCGGGGGUCAUGGAUGUGGCUGCUGUGCAGGGCGCCCUGGGGGACUUCGUGCAGAAGCUGCGGGACACCCAGCAGGAGCGGGAUGACUGCUGUGGCCAGGUGGCCAGCCUCAGUGCCCAGCUGAGUGUGGCAGAACUUGAGCGUGCCCAGGCCCAGGGCCAUGUGUGGCAGCUGCAGAAGGUGCUGGCAGAGACUGAGGAAGGCCAGCACCGGGCAGAAAGUGCACUGGACAGUGCCCAGUCAGCACAUGUCCUGCAGAAGGAGGCACUGCUGAGACUAGACAUGGAGCACCUGGCCAGCACACGGGCGACAGCCCAGGACAGGCGGUGGCUGCAGGUAACCAGGCUAAAGGAGCAGCUAGCCCAGGAAGUGCAGCCACAGCACCGGUGUGCCCACGUUCACCAGGCCUCCCAGGCCAGACAGUGAGUGCUGCAGCAGAUGCUAGGCAACUUGGCUCCUCAGGCUGGGAAAGCUCCGCGGUGCUGCAGAGCGGGCCAACUGCAGGAGAGGGCACAGGCACCCUGGCCAGCACCCACCGCCCAUCAGCUGAGGCAUUCUGGUUCUGCAGACUGCAAAGUCCCCACCGUGGGAGCUAUGCUGUCGGCUGGAUGGCCUGGCUGCCAGUACCUGCGCUCCAGCACCCUUCCUGGCUCGGGCAGUGGGUUGUGGGCGCCUCCUCAGCCACCCCUGGCCUGGCUCUCGUUUCCGCUUUGGACGUGCCAUUCUUGCCAGACCCUGGUGGCUGGGCCCUGCCAGGCCAGCUUCCUUGGCCACAGGCUGCAUUCCCAGUCUCUCUCUGUAAACACCGGGAAGCACGUGGGAAACAUUUCCACCAACCAGAGCCAAAAACACAAUGUCCCGCAAGGCCAACCACCACAGCCCCUGUCCAGAGAUUGUGGAACCUCCCGCGUCCAGGAACUGGGGCCUGUCACAGUGGCAGGUGGCUGGAAAUGACUCAGCUUCGAGUCCUCGUGACUCACUGGCCAUAAGCAGCACUGGAGUGUGAAAUCCGAAGUUGUUCCAGAGGCUCCCGCGUUCCCGGCCUGGAGAAGCUGGGAAAAUUCCCAUGGGAACCUGGGCCCAGUCGCCUCAGGGGCUGUGGCUUCCAUGUGGCCUGCUGCAGCCAUCCGCCAGCGCUUUCCCUGGCUCCCCACAGAGUUGCACAAAGGGGUGCAGCUUCUCCUUUGUGGCUUUCAUAUUAAAAGCAGGACCAGGCUGCAAAAGCCCCAUCUGCACCUGGACCUGCCCCAGCACUGGGCACCAACCCAUGCCAGCCACUGUGAGCUGUGCCCGUGCUGUCAGAGGCUAUCCUGUCUGGUCAGCCCUUGGAUUUACCUGAGCUUACUAAUGGAGUUAGAGUAUGACAAAUCUCAAAGCCAGUGCGGGCAGGUGGGCAGAGAGACCUCAUGGUCUGACCACAAUACCUGCUCCUCAACAGCAGAGUAAGAGGACCUAAAGCUCAGCCCAGGUCCAAGGGGAAGCUCCAGGCACAGGUAUUAGUGGUAGCAGGGCACCCUGCGGCUUGUGCCCACCCAGAGUGGCCAGGUACAGGCAGCUGCAAGCCAUCAAAGGCGAGCACAGCUCUACCAGUGCCUGUGAAAUGCAGUAUGUGGCUCACAGGGCCUGGAUGUGUCCCCACACACACCUGGAGGACAGCAGUGCCUUCUGGGAGGCCAGGGAGCAGGGGGCUGGCUGCCUUCCAUGGCCGUGCCCAGUGCCAGGACAGCUCCACAGCGACCUGCUCCCAGAACUCUGGAGAAAGCAUGGUCCAGCUCUGAGGGGUGUUGCAGUGAGACUGCUCAGGCAGCCUCUCCAGGGGCCUGUGGGUCUGGGAUAGGGCCCUCGGGCCUCAGGCCUCGGGCCUGGAGAGGGCAGCCCCCGGUGCCUCAUGGACAUUGGAUUUUCACAUGGGUUUGUGCCUUGGCCGGUGCACAGCUUCUCAGUUGGCCUUGAGGGCCUCCAUGGCUCCAAGUCAAGUCUUCAGAGGCUGCCCGCCCCCCGACGUGGUCCAUGCUCAAUGUCUCCAUCCUUACACAGCUCAAGAUUGGUAUCAAAAAAGUACUAAAUCACAGAGAAUCAGAACAUAAAGAUCAUAACCACCCCUGACACUGAGGUGGACCCCAAGUGGCUGUGCCAAAGGUCCCAGGCCUCAGGACUUCUCCUCUUUGUCUAACAUGCUCAUACAUAGGACAGUUGAGGUCACAGCUUGUGUACUUCCUGGAACACAACUUUUAAAAAUGAUUUUUACAGACUGGAUGUGGUGGCAC